AUGGCAAACGCAAAGAAAAAGCAAGACGAUAAAAAUUUCAAAAUAUUGCGCGAACUGGCGGCGCUUCCGAACAACAAGCAGUGCUUCGAGUGCCACCAACGCGGCCCUACGUACGUCGACAUGACCGUCGGCUCUUUCGUGUGCACGUCGUGCAGCGGACUGCUACGUGGCCUGAACCCACCCCAUCGAGUGAAGUCAAUUUCCAUGGCAACGUUCACCGUCGAUGAGAUCGCUUUCAUAAAGUCCAAAGGCAAUGAGGUAGACAGUUUCAUGUGUUUUGUUUCUUUUAUGCUCGUUCUGUACCUCAGAUUCUGUAAGUCGUUCGUCACGCGUUUGCGUUCAUUUACGUUUUUUAAGGCUACUUGA